AUAGGGAUGUAUCUUGAAUUCGAAGCAUGAACAUAUGAGCCACAAUGGGAGAUAUGCAUAGAAUCGUUUCUGUAUUGAUGUUCUAGAGCCAGCGAUGGCAACGGAGAAAAUAAACGACGUAUUCAAAGUUGCAAGUGAGUUCAUCAACAUAAAUUACUAUUUUUGUAGCUCCUAGUACUGGCUUGCGAACGAGGAUCGUUUUGAAGAGCGAAACACCCAAAUAAAUCUUCCACAUGAGUCGUUGAACAUGGACGGGUGGAGUCCAAUUGUUGCAAGAGCUUCUGACGAUGAACGUUCAAGCUCCGAGGGUGAAUACACGGUGGAGACUGGACCAAAAGAAGCGGAGGAGAAAGGGGGUGAACUAAAGAUACAUGAUGAGAGGGUGGAUGGAGGUGCUGCUGAGGGAUUUGGGAUAACUGGCUUUGGAGAGGGCACCGUGAGAUUGAGUCGUACAGGACAGACCGCUGAACAAGAACUUCGGUACCUCCACUUGCUAUGGGAACCCAGUCGAGUUGGGUCAGGGGCGGGUGUGGCGAGCAGCAAACCCGGGAAGGUGACAGGGUGUAGAGCGAGGCGACAAGGGAGAGCCCGGCGAAUUGUGGGGCCCAUUGGAAAAGAUAUUUAUGCGGUGAAGAGGUUUCGAGAGGCUGCCAAUGGCAACGACAUUGAUACAGUGCGCAGGCUUCUUCAAGAAGACGUAGACCCUUGUGCAGCAGAUGACAAAGGAAGAACAGCCCUCCACUUCUCCUCCUGUAAUGGCAACGAGAGCAUUGUGCAACUUCUUCUGAGCUACGGCGCUGACCCUAACCAGCGGGAUGGCCUUGGGAACACCCCUCUCCAUCUGGCGGCCUGUACCAAUCACGUGCCUGUAAUCACCACAUUGCUGAGAGGAGGUGAGAAGCCAUACGGUAUGAAGGCACAUGGACAUACAUACUGUACACCUGCUAAUAAUAACUUGUUAAUGUUGUGUUUCUGUUCAGGCGCACGUGUGGAUGCCCUAGACCGAGCAGGAAGGACCCCCCUGCACCUGGCACGCUCCAAACUCAACAUCCUGCAGGAAGGAGACUCGAGGAGUAUAGAAACUCUUAGAGGGGAGGUCACACAGAUCAUUCAGAUGCUGAGGGAGUACCUGAAUGUGAUGGGACAGAGUGAGGCCAGAGAGAGACUGGAUCAUAUCUCAACACAGUUGCAGCACACACGCACCAAAGAACAGGUUGAUGAGGUAACCGACUUGCUGGCCAGCUUCACGUCACUCAGUCUACAGAAGCAGAAUUUGGGGGAUAGGUAGAGGGGGCUCUCUUUGUGGAUACAUUCUUCUGUUUAUGGUGGAGUAAUGGGCAUACUUCUGUGAUAAAGUAAAUAAAAAAGAUCUUUAUGAACUCAUUACCCUUGACUGUUGUUUUGGUCUUCCUCUCAGCAUCUUUAUGUCACUGCCUUUUUUCUGUUGCCUUGCAUGUGUUGUACAUGAAUGUUUACUGUAAAAAAAAAUAAUCAUGGUCAUUGUUGUAAAUGUUUGUAACAAUCUGAAUUAAUGGAUUAAAAAAAUAUUUGGAAAUA